CACUUGUCCUAAUUGUAUCUGCUUUGAAAUCAAUCAAGAUCAAUUGCACUUGUCAAAUGGAUCGUUGGGCAAACGGCACUGGCCCUUGCGAGGAUGGGCUUCAUUCGACGAGCUCCACUUCGGACCGGACUGGGGCCGCUGGACUCCCUGAGAGGCAAGUAGGUCAAGCCGUGGGAUACAAGCAGACCGACGGAUGCGAUGAGAUCGCUAUCGGUCGGAGGAACUUUUCGUCCUUUCUGCAGCUGUUAAAAGAUGGGCCAAACCUCAAGCAACAAAACUGGUGGUCCAUCAGCUCGAUCUUCCCAUCUUGACACUCUCCAGACAUUGGUUACUGUUACCAGCAAUUCAGCGAAUCUUCCAUUGAUAUCACUGUCAAAAGAUGGCUCUGGACGAAGGUGCAAACGGUGGCGUGUACGCAGAGAAGACGCGUGACGAUUCGGAAGAGCAGACCCCGACGGGUUCGCAAGCUCAGGUUCACGACCAUAACGAUGGAGCCAUUCAAUCGACAGAGGCUGAUCCGCCCGCUGCGGAGGAGAAGCGAUCGAUUACAGGUCUGAAGUGGUUCUUCGCCUACGGCGCGAUUCUCUCGACGGUUUUUCUCUUCGCCUUGGACGGUACAAUUGUCGCCAAUCUCCAGCCCUCCAUCGUUAACACGUUCCGCACCGAGCAAGAUCUGGCAUGGAUCGGGGUCAGCUUCAUGCUCGGUAACACGACGAUUCUUCCCCUCGGCCAAGCCUUCGGCGUCUUCGACAUCAAAUGGCUCUUUAUCAUCUGUCUCAUCCUAUUCGAGGUUGGCAGUGCUCUUUGUGGCGCUGCGCCGGACAUGGACGGCCUGAUCGUCGGCCGUGUCAUUGCUGGUGUGGGCGGGUGUGGAAUCUACGCCGGUGGACUCAACUAUGUCGCACUCCUCACCACCAACCGGGAGCGGCCGCUCUACCUGGCAGGCAUCUAUUGCAUCUGGGGCAUCGGCUGUGUCCUUGGUCCAGUGAUUGGCGGCGCGUUUGCCCAAAGCAGCGCAACAUGGCGUUGGGGUUUCUACAUCAACCUGCCCAUUGCCGCUCUUUUUGCACCGGCCUAUCUCUUCACCCUGCCCGGCAUCGAUCCGCUGCCCGACAAGCCUCUGGUGCAGAAGCUGCGCGUGCUGGACUGGAUCGGCACGGUUGUGUUCCUGGGCGGCUGCACGUGCUUCAGCAUGGCCCUCAACUUUGGCGGCACCCUUUACAAAUGGAACAGUGGCUCGGAGAUCGCCUUGCUUGUCAUGACCGCCGUCCUCCUCAUCGCCUUCAUCCUGGUGACCAUCUACCACCCCGGAGUGCCGGCCGAGAACAAGCUGCUGCCCGUCGGCUUCAUGCGCUCCAAGGAUCUCAUCAGUCUUCCGAUUCUCGGUGCCAUCGUGGCAGGGGUCAUGUUCACGGCCAUCUACUACACUCCUCUUCUAUUCCAGUUCACCAAAGCAGACGGACCCUUAAUGGGUGGCGUGCGUAUUCUGCCGCUCAUCUGCCUGCUCGUCUUCUUCGCCCUUCUCAACGCGUUCCUCAUGCCCAAGUUUGGCUACUUCAUGCCGUGGUACGUGUUUGGCAACGCUCUCAUGGUCAUUGGCGCCGCUCUGAUGGUCACGAUCAAAGGGGACACCCCAACGGCCAAUGUCUAUGGUUACACCAUUCUCCUCGGCGCCGGGAUCGGCUGCUACCAGUCUGCCGGUGUGGCCGUCGCCACAUCCAUUGCUCCUCGGUCCGAAGCCAACCAUGCCGUGAGCAUCAUGACCAUUGCCCAGGUCGCGGGUAUUUUCGCUGCCCUUUGUGUCACUGGAGCCAUCUUCCAGAACUUGGUUCUUGCCAAGGUUGCCGCCGUCCUUCCGGCCCGCCCGCUGAGCGAUAUUGUCGAGCUCACAACUGGUGCCAGCAGUUCUCUGUUCCGGGGCCUGAGCCCCGAACUCAAGGAGGCCGUCAUCUCGCAGGUCACCGACUCCAUCCGGAACGUGUUCAUUUACGUUCUGGCCGUCUCGGCUUGGGGACUGGCCCUCUCUGUGACCUUGAGUCGCAAGAAACUGUAUUAGCCUGCCUCGUGGCACGACAUAUGCAACCUGGGAUGAAGGGCAGCGGUCAUCGUCGCGUUAUAUUGUGCUCGAUGCGCUAGUAAUAUGGACGGUUUGGAGCGUGUACAACUGAGCAGGGAGCUUGAAGUAUCUUUGGACAGGAACUAUACUAUCUCAUGAACUUGGAGUUUCUGACUGUUUACUAAUUGGGCUACUUGGCCGGAUUUCCCAGGUGUGCUGGACACUCAGGGUUACUCGUUACUCUACUUUCGGCGCUUCAACGCAGUGGAUUUCCCAUCCGGCAGGUAUGGAGCUGUGUUUUAGAUAUCUACCUAUGAG